AUGGAUGUACCGAUUGCUGCAAAUGUGCUGGGGGCAAUGGGCGCCGUAAGUCUGCAGGUCUGCUGGUCGGUCCAGUUGAUACCCCAGAUCGUGAUCAACUAUCGGCGACAUAAUGCUGUUGGACUGCAGCCCACGAUGAUGAUGCUCUGGGCCUGGGCAGGGGUGCCCCUCGGCGUAUACAACAUCGUCGAGGAAUUCAAUGUCGCCCUCAGGAUACAGCCACAGAUUCUGACCUUCCUAAGCCUUGUGACUUGGAUUCAAUGCUUUUACUACGAGAAGAAAUGGUCCGUCACGCGCUCGCUCGCCGUUGUGGUUCCUGUCGCCUGCGUUAUGGGCGGUAUCCAGGCUGCACUUAUCAUUGCUUUGCGCAUUGCUAAAGGCAAGUACCUACAGUGGCCGCUUACUCUCAUGGCCGUCCUAUCGGCAGCAUUACUCGCAGCCGGCGUGCUCAGGCACUACUGGGAUAUAUAUGUGCAUCGAACGGUGCGCGGUAUAUCGUUCCUAUUUGUUGGCAUCGAUGCUGCUGGGGACCUAUUUUCUUUGGUAUCCGUUUUCUUCCAACCUACCUUGGACGCUCUGGGAUUGGUGAUCUAUGGAACCGAGCUUGUGUUGUGGAUUGGUGUCUUUGCAUGUGGGGGCUACUACAACUUCCUCCCUUGGAUUCAAAAGAGGCUUCGAAAGAGAAAAGGUGAUUUGAACGGGAGCGGUAUUGUAUCUCCGGCGUGCUCGAGGAGCAGCGGUCACCGAGAAGCUCCGGCACCAGAGCCAAUCGCGCUGCACGACCUACCGUCGAGCACCUCCGUGUUCAGGACGCCGUCCGGAGAGGUUGAUUUUAUACGGCAGAGGAGUGCGGGCUCUAGAAGCGGUGACGAGCAUGCCGCUGGACCUUGA